AUGGCACCAGGCCCCAUCUCAGACCUCCGUCUCAAGCAGAUCACCGAUGAUGCCUGUAACAGCACUCUCAGCAAUGCGGAAACCUACGUACACUCGCAGACCUCUGUCUGGAACACCUCCAUAAUUAACAAUGUCCUCCAAAAAGUCAUCUCCGAGUCAACACCCUCUGGCCAGAACCAACCACCGUACAAGUUCGCCGUCAAUAGCACCAUCGUGCAACACACCGAGCCUCAAGCCGGCGUUGAGUCUAAGGAUGCUGGCCGACGCGGUAUGCAUAGCGCAACCGGUGCAUUCUGGAACGAAGACAAAGAUGGCAUGUGGUCGUACAAGUACGAGGCGGGCGACUCCAAGGGCAUGGACGUCGUAAUCAGUGUAUUCUGGUUCUCCGUAUAG